AGUGGAGCAACCCAGCUGGGCUAAAGGAAGCUUCACCUCUACCCUGCCACUCCCAGUCUCUCUCUCGCACUCUGCAGACACCCACUUCUCACACCUCUGGCCUGACUCACAGCUCACCUCUCCCCUUCCCCACCUUCCGGUAGUCCGGUUCAUGUCCUGCUGCUCCCCAUGUCGCCCCCACUCGAGCUCGACUACAUAGGCCUCUCGCCGCCGGCAGCGGCCACCGACGACCUGAAGGGCACCGAGCUCCGCCUCGGUCUACCGGGUUCCGAGUCGCCGGAACGCCGCGUUGCUGCCGCGGCUGCCACCACCCUAGAGCUGCUCCCCACCAAGGGCGCCAAGCGCGGAUUCUCCGACGAGGUGCCUUCACCGCCGCCCGCCGCUGCUGCCGGCAAGGGCAAGAAGGUGGCGGAGGAAGAAGAGGACAAGAAAGUGACCGCAACGCCGCAGCCGGCCGCGAAGGCUCAGGUGGUGGGAUGGCCACCAAUCCGGAGCUACCGCAAGAACACUAUGGCGACCAACCAGCUGAAGAGCAGCAAGGAGGACGCCGAUGCCAAGCAGGGUCAGGGGUUCCUCUACGUCAAGGUCAGCAUGGAUGGCGCACCGUACCUGAGGAAGGUCGACCUCAAGACAUACAAGAACUACAAGGACCUGUCCACCGCGCUCGAGAAGAUGUUCAUCGGCUUCACAACUGGCAAGGAUGCUUUAUCUGAGAACCGUAAGGAUGGCGAGUAUGUGCUGACUUUUGAAGACAAGGAUGGAGACUGGAUGCUCGUUGGCGACGUUCCAUGGGAGAUGUUUGCUGACUCCUGCCGUAGGCUCAGGAUCAUGAAAGGUUCAGAUGCAAUUGGACUCGCUCCAAGGGCAGUGGAGAAGUCCAAGAACCGCAACUAGAAUGGUUGCUCCCUUCAGUCAAAAGUCAAAACCAAGAUGGAUAUCAAUUAGCCGUAUGGCUCUUUCUGGAAUUCAAAAAGUCUUACAGUUUUAAGACAGAUUCUGCCUUAUGGUCUGUACUACACUGUUUUCUAUCGUACAAGUAACAAACUGUGUUGUAUUACGUUAGCGUCACAAAAUCUCCUAGGGACAUAAGUCUGUUUGAUUAUGCCCGAGUCUUGUAUUUGUGAUAUUCCUAUUCGUGUAAAUGGUUUGGUACAUCAUGUGCUGCUACUAUGAUUGUACACACCUAACUACCUUGCAAAAUGUUGUCCAUGAACUGUUUGUCCACUACAUAAAUGUUCAACGAAGCUUGCAAAUACUGUCAA